AGCAGUGGGCCCAAGUCGCAGACUCAUCCCUUGCCAUGGCGUCUCCCCUGCGGCGCUCGGCCGCGGAAGCGCUGAAACUGGGCUUCGAUGGCGCCAAGGUCCUGCCCUUUUCCGCGGUGCCGGGCCCGACCUGGCCUGUCAUCGGUGCUUUGCCCAAGUUUGCGUCCUAUGGCUACAGCAAGAUCAACCACUACUACAAGGACCUCUACAAGGAGUACGGGGUCAUCGUGAACACCUCUAUCCUCAACGAGCCUUCCGUGAUGAUUUCCGACCCCCGGGAGUGGCGGAAGGUCUUCCAAAACGAGGGCAGGUAUCCCAACGGCCUCGCGUCCGGCACCUGGGCGACGAUCCGGCUGGCCCAGAAGAACGGCUAUCCAGAGCCCAAGCUGGCUUCCACGGGACCUGAGUGGCAGAAAACUCGGCAAGCGCUUCAGAAGGACAUCUUUUCCAUUGCGUCGGCCACCUCCUACUGUGAGCCUGUCACAGAUGCGGCGCAGCAGGUCAUGGACAGCCUGAAGAUGAAGUUGGACAAGGGUGAGGUGGACUUACACGAGCUCUUGGUUUCCGGGGUGGCCGACGUGUUCACUGCAGCGAUCCUGGGCAAGUCGUUGGGCCUUUCACAAGGCACUGCCACGGAGGCCCAGCAGCGCUGGACCGAAGGCGGCAUUCGCUUUAUCUACCUCAGCGCCCAGCUGAUGAUGCAGCCCCAUAUCCAGCUUUGGCCAGAGGCCUCCAAAACCUACCGCGAGCUUGAGGAGAUUUACCUGACUAUGGUGCCUGUCACCAUGCAGCUGGUGGAGGACACCAUCGCCAAGUACCAGGACUUCAGCGGCCCCGAGGACGAGUUGCCCUAUGUGGCGCGGGUGGGCAAGCGCGCGGAAAUGUCCAUCAACAACUUGAGCUUCGAAGUGAUGGGCAUUGCCUUGGCUGGGCUGGACACCACCUACCAUGUUCUCCUCUGGAACAUGCUGAACCUUGCGCAAAAUCCGCAUGCGCAGGAGGCCCUGCGUGAAGAGGUGCUUCGGGUCUUGGGGCCCGACGCGCACUUCACCCGCGACAAGCUGUCGGAGAUGCCGUAUUUGAAGGCCGUGAUAAGGGAGAGCCACCGCUUGAGCAUGCCUGGCUACAUCUACACCUUCCGCUUCCUGGACGAAGACGUGGCGCUGUGUGGCUACAACGUGCCAGCAGGGACGCGGAUCAUCAUGGCCUCAGACGGGCUGCAGAAUGACCCGGAGCUGGUGGAGGAUCCCGAGGAGUUCCGCCCAGAACGGUUUCUGGCAGAGGCGGUGGAGGCGCGAAAGAGCGACCCCUUCAAGUCCUUGCUGGACCACAAGCUGUUGGCCUCGCCCUUCAGCUUUGGCCCCCGGAUGUGCCUGGGGGCGCGGCUGGCGGACAUGGAGAUCAUGACGCUCCUGGCGAAGUUCACCGCCAGCUUCGACUUCGAGCUGGCGCCCAACCAGAGUUGGGAGAAGGUCUCGAAGACCAUGGCAGCACCGGAGCCCACGCCGAAGGUGAUCUUCCGACCGCGUUGAGCACCGAUGAUGAGGAACAUCCCUGCUACGCGGCGGCUAGCGAAUGCCAUGUGAGGGUCUAGCACGAAUUUUGGGCUGGAGCCCUUGGGCUCCUUCGUUGACAGACCCACCCU